AUGCCUAACCUUCCUACUGAACUCAUCACUGAAAUCUUGUUAAAGCUUCCUGUCAAAUCUCUCUUGAAAUUCAGGUCUGUUUCUAAAUCUUGGCUCGAACUAAUCUCUAGCCCUGAUUUUGUGAAGACCCAUCUCUUAUUAUCCACUAGUAACAAGGAAUACACUCACCAUGGACUUAUGUUUAAGUUUGCUAGUACAUCUGACCGAGGUGUUAAGGACUGUUCUCUUAGCGCUUUACUUUGCGAUUCUGUAACUGAGGCAUUUGACUUGGAUUAUCCUGGUAAAUAUUAUCGCAAUGAUUAUCCUAGAUUUGUGGGUUCUGUCAAUGGAUUGAUUUGUCUUGCCAUCAGAAUAUUGCACGGAUUAGAUGACUUGUAUCUAUGGAAUCCAUCAAUUAGAAAGUAUAAGAAAUUGCCUAGUUGUAGACUUAAUCAAAGCCGUUGUUACCAUGAGCAAGCACUUGAUGGAUUCAAUUUUGGUUUUGCAUAUGAUGAGUUCCAAGAUGAUUACAAGGUAGUCGGUAUUUUCCCUAUUUUCGGAAACAUACGUCUGUGUCGUAUUGAGGUCCAGAUAUAUAGUCUAAAAAGUAAUUCUUGGAGACGUAUUGAUGAUUUUCAAGGUAGAGAGCUCUUGAAUGCUCCUGCGAAGUGUGUGAAUGGGAAACUUCAUUGGCUUGACAAGCAGAGGAACAUCAUUUCUAUUGAUUUAGCUGAUGAGAAAUGGGCAGAGGUAGAGCGGCCCUACUCUGAAGGAUGUGGAUAUGUGAAGCUGGGAGUGUUUGGGAGUGAUCUUUCUGUGUUGUGUAAUUAUGGAAGGACUCACGUAGACGUCUGGGUUAUGACAGAGUAUGGGGUGAAAGAAUCUUGGACAAAGAUGUUUACAGUCAAGUUUCCUGAUGAUUCUAUGGGUAUAUUUUAUCCACCCAUUUUAAUGUCAAAUGAAGGUGAAAUUUUGCUUAAGUUUGGAUCACGUUUCACAAAGUACAACCCAAAGGAUGACUCGAUCAGAUAUGUAGAUGUUACUAACUUUGCUCCAUGCAUUGAGGCAGAAAUCUAUGUUAAGAGCCUAGUUUGUCCCUUUUUACAGAAGAGAACACGAACGCACCAACAAUGGAGGCUGAAAUAACUCAGACGCACGACUAAUAACCUGUAAGAGUUACACUCUGCAUUUUUCUUAAGUGUUGUUAAAUUCUACUUCAUAUUGCUUGGGAAUCUUGUUACUCAAUUUCCUUUUUUAAACUAUUUUCGAGAAACCAUAAUCUUUUGCAAGAGCAGUUAUUGUGGUUGUAUUACUUGGUGUGUUUUAAACUCAAUUGUACUGGAUGUUGUUGCUCUUCUUUAGCAGUUUCUUAAGGGGAUGUCGUGCCUAUAGAUAGAGUAAGAACAGAGAGCACUAGAGACAUGGAAAUUGUGGUAGGUGAAUGCACCAAAAACACCUUAUUUAUUGUAGAUCUAGGAGGUUUCUCUGGCUAUUCUCCUUUAGGUGAAAGCUUAACAGCGGAAUAAGGAGGAAACCAAGGAAUUGUUUAAUGAAGUUUAAGCUCUAAGAUAGUGUCUAGUUUUGGUGUUUUUUGUUGCUGCUAAUAGUUGAUGGUUUAUUUUCUUUUGGAUGAUUUGGUGUUUUCCUUGCUAAUAGCUAAUCUAUAUGUAAUUGUUUUGCUUCGCAACUAUCUUCUUAUUCUUUUACUUAUUGAUCUAAGAAAGUUUGAAUCUUCUUUCACAUUAGCAGUAAUAUUUGAUGGAAGCAAGUAUGGAUUGGAAGGUGAAAGCAUUUUAGCAAGCCAUUUUGCUGCUAUGAUCAUGAGAGUUGGGUUAGGGUACCAAAGAACUAUGGAGUAUAGGAGAGCUUUGUUUAAAAGAGGGCCUUGUAUGUGCUCUCAAAGUUGAAGUAUCUAUUUGUGUUUUACGGAGCAACUUUAUCCAAGCUGAGGUGUCUAUA